AUGGGGGCUCUCCGCACUGUCGUCCUGGUCAUCUUGGGCAUCUCAUCGCUAACAUUCGUCGCUCUUUUUGGGCGGCUUCCUGUCUUUAGGAAGACCCCGGUUGCUUUUCUUCACCGGCUACUGUGGGUAUACAUUCCGAAUGGAAUCGUAUUUAUCGACGCGCACCUCCUUGGUGGGCGACUGAUUUGGGUUUGGGACCGUUCUGGCCGCUAUGUCUUGCACGAGAACCAUCCUCUGGUUCUGAUCUUUUUCCUGGGGUUGCUUGGCAUAGGCGAGUUCUUCUUUCUGCCGACGGCUUGGCCUCGACUGUCAAAACUCGACAGAUUUUUGGUCUCAGGGGUGGUAAUUCUGCCAUACGUUUUCAUAUACAAGUGCGUGGUGACCAAGUCUUUUAUCACGCUGCAGAACCACGAAGAGGAGAUGAAACGGUAUCCCUAUGACUGUGCCAUCUUCUACCCGGGACAUCAUUGUCGCUCUUGCCUCUUUCUCAAGCCCGCGCGCAGUAAGCACUGCAAUAUAUGCCAAGCGUGUGUGUCUCGUCACGAUCAUCAUUGUGUCUGGUUGAUGAAUUGCAUCGGCGCCAACAACUAUGUUUAUUUCCUGUCGCUGCUGCUCUCACUUACGACCCUAUUGACCUACGGCACCUUGCUUGGCUAUACACUGUUGAGCCAGACCCUGGAGCAAAUCAUCCCACCGGAGUAUCAGGCAGCUAUGAAAGGCUGGACGAUGUAUUUCAAAAUCUGGGCCAUUGUCAUUACGGCGGAUUCUAAAGUCGGCACUGUUACUCUGCUCAUGUUAAUGACUGCUCCAUUGGCAGCGGCUUUCUUGGUUUAUCAUACCUAUCUCAUCUGGGCAGGAAUGACAACAAAUGAGACCUCAAAGUGGUCAGGUUGGAAAAGCGAUGUGGAAGAUGAAUUUGCUUUCAAAGCCGAACGGAGUCAGAUCCCUGGGGCGCCCCGAAACCCGGAUCUCGCAGAACAUCCGUGGCCGAUAGACAAGAAUCAGAUUCUCGGCUAUAUCUUGGAACAGGACUCCAAUGAUAUUUAUUAUCCAGGCUCCGAUCACAGAGUACCUGACUCUUACAGGAAUCUUCCGAAUUCUCCAUGGAAACAUACCUCCAUGGCCGGGAUCCUGAAUAUCUACGAUUUGGGAUUCUGGAACAAUUUAAAGGAUUCUGUUGGACUAUCGGUACGACGACAAAAAUGCAUUUGUUUCGGCGAUUGCUUCAUUUGUAAAAUGGCGGACCCAAAGCCAUUAUGUACUCCUGCUGAGCUCAUGCUCAAGGUCGUUCUGGCCGGGACCCUCAGCCACUAUGAGACCCGCGGCCUGAUCGAUGACAAACGUCUGGAGCACAUGCUGGCUGCUGGAAAGCAAAUUCUCUAUAAGACACACCAAGAAAGUGAGGUUCGACACAACCUAGGCAUGUCACCAGAUAUAUGGCAAGGCCUCACCGAUGUCCUCACCAAAGCGAUCCCGGUCCUUGAAUCGCAGUCGUUUGCGUGGAAGAGUCCGGCAGCGACAUAUGAGCACUCUUCCUCGAAUCUUAUCGCAUACAACUAUUUCUCGCUAGUGAAAGAUAUCGAGCGCCUCAACGACCUGUGCACGAUUGCGCGGAACCUGCUCGCAACAACGAAGAAGGCGCAAAACCUGGCUGCUGAGAAGGGCUUCGACCAGCGAAUUCUUGCAUUGAUUGAUACGUGUGUGCGGGUCACAGCAAGAGGAUUUGAUGGCGAGACGAAUGCGCGGAACGAAGAACGCUGGCAGAAAGUCGUCAACCUCUAUAAACGACUCCUCAUCACAUGUCUGCAGUACCUUCAUAACUUUAUCAUGCACAAUGAGCAGCGAAAAAUGGUCCUCUGGCUCGACCUAUUUGGUUACCAUUCGACAGCUGAUACAAACAUCAUCAAGCCUAAAGAGCCAUUGGACCAAACCGCCCGGUCAGAGGGCGUUGCGCCCAUUGUCAAGGUCGGAGAGCGUGUCAUCAACCCACCCAUCCGGGCUCUCUAUGAUCAGACCGCGGAAGAUCUUCUGCUGGAGACCAUCGCUAAAUUCCCGCGGGAACCUUCGACGAUCAAAGAAGAAGCUGCGAUGCUGCUUCUAGCAAACAUCAAAGAUCAUAUGGAGAAAAUCCUUGGUAAAGACUUGACGGAUAUCCAGGAAAUGGGCAGGGACCCGGAGCAGAUACAAUACAUUCGUCGUGCCUUGACGACGAUCCUGGGUGCCAAAGUUGAUGGAUGGUCCGAUCUUCAAGACCGUGCGCGAGAACUCCCGCCUGCCCUCCCAGAAGCAGAGAAGCAUGAGCCCACUAAGAAGAAAACAAUUCUCACCAUUGACCGUAGCAUGACUGCCGGCUUCCCCCGUCUGUGCUGGGCUGACCUUCCUGACGUAAUGGAUUAUGCCGUGGACGCACCUGUGACCGGGGAGGACACGAGUAUGCCCCGAUCAGCUCAUUCUGCCGCCGAGACUCUGCAGGAGGCCAAGGAUGGAUUGAUGCGCCGUCUACAAGAGUCGUCUCAGGUCGGUGAUGCCGAUGCCGAUUAUGACACCGGUGAUGCAGGAACGGUGGGUGACGAGGAUUCACAUAGUCUUGAAGGACAUGCAGAUGGAAGCAUUGAAGGAGAUGAUGACGAAUAUGGUGAAGAUGUCGACCGAGAUGAUGAUGGCGGCGACAUGGACGACGAGGAGGAUGAUGAUGACUACCGGGGUCGCCCCGGCGAUCAACAGCGUGGGCUGCUUACCGAUAUUCCCCUUGUGUUGGGCCCGGCAGAGAUUGAAGCAUUGCCGAUGAUCGUUCAAGCAGGUAUAGUCGACAGCUUCGGGCUCAAGGGUGGCGAGCGCAAUGGCUCCAGGAACAUGCAAGCCCUACGGUGCCACAUCCUUUUGACGCAGGAGACUGGCCGCAACCUUCUGCGCGAGCUGCUAAUAUUCAUUGCGGCCUGGGAUCUCCCUGAUGACGAGCUAUACUUCAAGAUGAUGGUCCAGAUCAUGGAAGCUGUUCUCAAGAAUGGCCUGAUGUCGCAUGCUUAUACCGACUUUGGCCAACCUAAGGACAUCAUCUCUCCAGCUCAGGCAGUAGUGAUCAAGAUUCUGACCCACAUAUUCCGCGCCAAAUACUCCCCGGCUUCUGUGACGGGCUCUUCUCAAGCCAGUGUUCCACGAAUUCCGGCACCGCUCAGCCGUGUGGAUAUACUCACAGUCCGAUACAUCUUUACCGUGUUCCGUGAUAACAUCAUCCCGGAGACCUGUGCAUUGAUCUACUUGCAAGGCCAAAUCCGCGCUGAGCGCGCCUUGCCUGAAGACUUCCCGCUCAAUCUGUGGGAUAUGGAAAGGGUUUACGAGGGAGUUUAUCAGUUCUUGGAAUUCUUCGCUGUGCUUACCGAGAAUAACGACUGGAAGAACCUGCUGGUCAAGUGGGAGAUUGUCUACGACCUGGUUACUCUGAUCAAGGAACUGGAAGCCAAUAUCCCCAAGGGCCAAUUCAACCAGCUCUCUUUCGGUUCUGUUCCUCCACCCCCACCUCCACCGCGCAGCACUUCACCCGAUGAUAGCUCCAAGCCUUCUUCUCCCGUCCCUGUGGCUGUUGAGCGACCCUACGACCCAAGUGAUCCCGAUCCUCUCGACCACGGUGCUGACAGCGUGGAUUCCCGCCCGGAGUCUCCGCCGAUCACUGAAGAUCCAUCUGAAUUCGAGUGGCGAAACCUCAAAAAGUUAGUUGUUCUGGUACUUUCAUCGCUAGUGUGGAAGUCUUUUGAGGUCCAAGAGCAGAUCCGUGGAUACGGUGGUCUUGAGGCCAUUCUUCGCUGCACUAACUUUGAUGCUCAUAAUCCUUACAUCAAAGAGCAUGCUGUCAUGUGCCUCAAGUUCUUGUUAGAAGGGAACAAAGUCAACCAGGACUUGAUUGAAGAACUUCAACCCAAGGAAGUUGCUAGGGAUGAAAGCGGUAUUUUGGAGAAGAGUGGCUACGAGGCAAUGAUUGACCAGGCUGGCAAACUCGCUAUUCGGCCCAAGGAGUCGCAAUAG